AUGGAUUCAUCUAAUGAGACAGGUUGUCGAGCUCCAGAAGACCCCGUCCUCUGCAUCAACGACUGUGAUUUGUUCGGUAGUGCAGCUACGAUGAAUAUGUGUUCCAAGUGUCAAAAGGGCAUGAUACUACUGAAGCAGGAACAUGCAAAGCUUGCAGCUACAUCCAGCAAAGACGUUGUACGCAGAAGCUCAAGCAGCGAUGAAUCAGAACUUGCUCUUGCAGGUGCUGCGGUUGCAUCUGCAGAUUUAGCCUCUCAGAUUUCACAACUGAAGUCAAAAGAGGGUUUUGAAAAAGUGCACAGCUUGUCGUAA